AUGGCGUCUAACGAGGACCCCUAUCUCAUCCUGCCGGGCUCGUCCGCCUUCUCCGACUUCCGCCUGCAGCGCCUCGCCCAGGCCAUUGGCGCGACGGAAGUGCGCUCGCUGUGGGUGCACUUUGUCAACCCCCUCAAGCAACUCGGCGACGAUGAGUUGAAGACGCUGCAGCAGAUUCUGCACUACGGCGAAUACCCCAGCAGCGAUGACCGCCUCGCCCAGACCCUCCUCGACGCUGUCAACCGCGGCGGCGAGCCUCGUGACGACAAGACGGUCCUCUUCUACAUCUGCCCACGCGCCGGCACGAUAUCGCCAUGGAGCUCCCUCGCCUCUAUGAUCGCGCGCACCUGCACGCUCGAAGGCGCAGUCAAGCGCAUCGAGCGCGGCAUGGUCAUCGCCGCCACCUUCGACCGCACCCUCGAAGCCGACGAGAUCCCCAACCGCGACCAUCUCUACGACCGCAUGACGCAGACCAUCAGCCGCACCGCCCCGAACCUCGACGCCAUCUUCGGCCAGGGCCAGCCUGCGCAGGCCACGACCAUCAAGUUCGACGAGUACAACAGCGCCCAUGCCGCCCUCGACCACGCCAACCGCGAGCUGGGCCUGGCCAUGGACAAGUCGGAGAUUGAGUACCUCGUAGAGGCAUACACACAAGAACUCAAGAGGGGCCCAGUCGACGUCGAGCUGUUCAUGUUCGCGCAAGUCAACUCGGAGCACUGCCGCCACAAGCAGUUCAAUGCCGAGUUCACCAUCGACGGCAUGCGCAAGCCCAUGUCGCUGUUUGGCAUGAUCCGCAACACCCACCAGAAGAACCCCAAGCACGUGGUCAGCGCGUACAGCGACAAUGCUGCUGUCUUGAACGGCGAGGAGGCGAGCUUCUGGGCACCCAACGACCUGACGGGCGAGUGGCACGGCACCAAGGAGACGGUACACAUCCUCUGCAAGGUCGAGACGCACAACCACCCGACGGCGGUUUCGCCCUUCCCAGGAGCCGCCACGGGCUCUGGCGGCGAGAUCCGUGACGAGGGAGCCGUCGGACGUGGAUCCAAGCCAAAGGCUGGACUGGCGGGCUUCACUGUCUCCGACCUGAACAUCGAGGGCUUCGAACGCCCAUGGGAGCUGAAGGACGUCGGAAAGCCCGCGCACAUCGCCAGCAGCCAGGACAUCAUGCUCGAGGCACCCAUCGGCAGCGCCCAGUUCAACAACGAGUUCGGCCGCCCAUGCACCACCGGUUACUUCCGCACCAUGCUCAUGCGCGUCUUCACAAACGAGAAGGAGUCGGAGCUACGGGGUUACCACAAGCCUAUCAUGCUGGCAGGUGGUGUGGGCACCGUCAGGCCGCAGCACGCGCUCAAGGACCCUGACGUUGUACCCGCUGGCUCGCACCUUCUCGUUAUCGGUGGACCCGCCAUGCUCAUCGGACUUGGUGGCGGUGCAGCUUCCAGUAUUCAGUCCGGCGAAGGAAAGGUCGACCUUGACUUUGCCAGUGUGCAGCGGGGCAACCCCGAGGUGCAGAGGCGCGCGCAGGAAGUCAUCGACGCGUGUCGCUCUAUGGGCGACAAGAACCCCAUCCUCUUCAUUCACGACGUCGGAGCUGGCGGUCUGUCCAACGCGCUACCCGAGCUCGUUCACGACUCUGGUCUCGGCGCCAUCUUCGAGCUACGCGAGAUCGACAAUGUUGACAAGAGCAUGAGCCCACUGCAAAUAUGGUGUUGCGAGGCUCAGGAGCGUUAUGUGCUUGCAGUCAGCCCUGACCAACUCGACUUGUUCAAGCGCAUCUGCCACCGUGAGCGAUGCGGUUACUCCGUUGUUGGCAAGGCUACCAAGGAGCAGCGUCUCGUGUUGAACGACAGGGACUCCAAGGAGAACCCUACACCCAUCGAUCUUCCAAUGGCCACACUUUUCGGCAAGCCACCAAAGAUGUCCCGCAUCGUCGAGAGCCGCAAGUUGAGGCUUCCCGCCUUUGACAGCAGCUUGUCAAUGUACAUCCCCGACACACCCAAGGAUGGCUUGAUCGCCGAAGCCGUAGACCGAGUUCUCACCCUACCAGCCGUAGGCUCCAAGUCCUUCUUGAUCACCAUCGGAGAUCGCACCGUUGGUGGCCUUACUGUCCGUGAUCAGAUGGUUGGCAAAUGGCAGGUCCCUGUAGCUGAUGUAUCGGUAACAGCUACAUCGCUACUGGCUGGUGUCAGGACUGGCGAGGCUAUGACUAUGGGCGAGAAGCCUACCCUGGCGCUCAUCUCGCCGGCCGCGUCUGCCAGGAUGGCAGUCGCAGAGUCUCUGAUGAACAUUGCUGCAGCAAGCCUCUUCGAUAGGCUAUCUAGAGUCCGACUCUCGGCCAACUGGAUGUCUGCAAGUAGCCAUCCCGGAGAGGGUGCAGCCUUGUACGAAGCCGUCGAAGCUAUCGGCAUGGAUCUCUGCCCUAAGCUUGGCAUCUCAAUCCCCGUCGGCAAGGAUUCGAUGAGCAUGAAGAUGAAGUGGUCCGACAACGGCGAGGCCAAGGAAGUCACAGCACCCAUGUCGCUCGUCAUCACGGCCUUCGCACCCGUCAACCGCACUGACCGAACAUGGACACCCGCUCUGGAGAGAGUGGAGGAUGUCGGUGAAACUGUCCUGAUGUUCGUCGAUCUCGCAGCAGGGAAGAAACACAUGGGCGGUUCUGCCCUUGCACAAACAUUCGGGCAGAUUGGUGAUGAAGCACCCGAUGUUUACGACGCCGAUAUCAUCAAGGACUACUUUGAUGCGAUCGAACAACUUCAUGAGUCGGAUAUUGUGCUUGCAUACCACGACAGGUCUGACGGUGGUCUUUUCACAACCCUUGUUGAGAUGGCCUUUGCCGGACGAUGCGGUAUUGAGGUCAUGCUCGACGGCAUCGCAGCGUCAAGCGAACCCAAGGAUGUUCUGGAAACGCUAUUCAACGAAGAGCUCGGAGCUGUCUUCCAGAUCAGGAAAAAGGACGAAGUUGCCUUCAACCGCUGCUUCGCCACCUGCGGGCCGCCUCCAGGUAUGAUCAAGAAGAUCGGUCGCGUACCUGAGGCCACAAAACAAGACAUCUCUUUCUAUGUCGGCACCCAGAAUGUCUACCGCAGCACACGCCAGAAGCUCCAGCAGCGCUGGGCAGAGACGUCAUACCGCAUGCAAAAGCUCCGAGACAACCCUGCUUGCGCUGAUGCUGAGUUCAAGAACAUCCUCGACGACAAAGACCCAGGCCUGUCGUACAACCUCAAAUUCAAGCCUGCCGAAAAUAUUCUACCCUUCAUGUCCAACCUCAAGUCACCCUUUACCGCCAAGCCCCGCGUAGCCAUUCUUCGCGAGGAAGGUGUGAACGGCCAAGCCGAGAUGGCAUUUGCUUUCCACCAGGCUGGAUUCACUGCCAUUGAUGUACAUAUGACCGACAUCAUCUCUUCGCGCGUAUCGCUCGCUGGAUUUGUGGGUAUCGCGGCGUGCGGUGGUUUCUCCUACGGUGACGUGCUUGGCGCAGGCCAAGGCUGGGCAAAGUCCGUCCUCUUGCACCCCAACACUCGCAAAGAAUUCCAAACGUUCUUCGCGCGCCCAGACACUUUCGCCCUUGGAGUCUGCAAUGGCUGCCAGUUCAUGAGCAAGUUGAAGGAGUUGAUCCCUGGUGCGGAGCUAUGGCCCAGCUUCGAGCGUAAUGCGUCUGAGCAAUACGAAGCGCGUGUCUGCAUGGUCGAAGUGCUCGAUCCCAAGGGACCCAAUACACCGCCAUCUGUCUUCCUGCAUGGCAUGGCUGGAUCCAAACUUCCCAUCGUCACCGCGCACGGCGAGGGACGCGCUCACUUCUCCAACUCUGCUUCCUCAGUUUCGAGCCCACAGGCGCUAUACAACGAAAACCUUGUGUCGUUCCGCUACGUGGAUAACUACGGAAAGCAAACCGAGACAUACCCAUACAACCCGAACGGCAGUCCAAUGGGUAUCAGCGGUGUGAGGAGUACCGAUGGCCGGGUAUUGGCGAUGAUGCCGCACCCCGAACGCACUAUCUUGAAGGAGGUUGGAAGCUAUAUCCCGCGAGACGUAGAAGGAUGGGGCGAACUUGGCCCGUGGUCACGCAUGUUCAAGAGUGCUAGGCGAUGGGUCGGCUAG